GGUUGUAGUAUAAUUGCUUCCGGGUUGCUGGAUGACCUUGAGCCUUGAGGAGCGCGAUGGCGAUUCUCUGGAGGCUGAGUGUCCUCUGCGGUGCCCAAGGAGGCCGAGCUCUGUUGCUCCGAACCCCGGUAGUCAGACCUGCUCUCGUCUCAGCAUUUCUCCAGGACCGACCUACCCCAGGAUGGUGUGGAACGCAGCACAUUCACCUGUCACCCAUCCGCCAUUCUGGUUCCAAGGCUGCAUCUCUCCACUGGACUAGUGAGAGGGUUGUCAGUGUUUUGCUCCUGGGCCUACUUCCAGCUGCUUACUUGAAUCCUUGUUCUGCGAUGGACUACUCCCUGGCUGCGGCCCUCAGUCUCCAUAGUCACUGGGGCCUUGGACAAGUUGUUACUGACUAUGUUCGAGGGGAUGCAUUGCAGAAAGCUACCAAGACAGGCCUUUUGGCGCUCUCAGCUUUAACCUUUGCUGGGCUUUGUUAUUUCAACUAUCAUGAUGUGGGCAUUUGCAAAGCUGUUGCCAUGCUGUGGAAGCUGUGACCUUUUUGACUUAAUACCUUGAAAAUUGAUUGUACACCUCUUUGCCUCUGCUCUGUCAUGCCAUUCAACUCACAAUAGGGAGGAAAUAACAGAUAGUCCAUUGGUGAGACAAACCUAUUCUCCUAAUCACCUGGUUAUUUUUAGAAUUUAAUCUUUGAGGAAGAGGUUUGAGAAGAACUGUAUCUAAGAAAUUGUGAGACUGAGUUCCAUAUUCUGGCAACUUAAGGGGUUGUCUCCCAGCUUCCCACAAGACUCACAUUAUAACUAAACAUUAUAUAUGAGCUUUUGCCUUUUAAUUUAUCGAACUCUUAAAGGGAAUUCACCUUUAUUACUAUCAGUACCUGAUCAAACUUCUCUAUUUGUCCUGGGAAUGAUGGAGAAAGGGAAAGACUUUUAAUUCGUAAGUAAAGACUUUGCAGAAAAUUAGACAGUGUUUAAUUUUGAAAACUUCUCCCUCUGUUCAGUUGAUACCAGUUACUGAUGGUUACAUGUUCUAGGGAACCUUUAAAAUUAGGAAAUGCUGAUAUUUCACAUUACUAAUUUCUAAAUUGUAGGAAAAAGAGCCUGGAGAGCUUCUGAAUUUAGAGAAGUUCCAUGUAGCGAAGAGAUCCCCUUAUGGAUGUAUCAAAAUAUUGCAGAUUCUAAAUUGAGACUAAAUCUUCAAAUGUGUUUAUUUUACUUGUCCUAAAAUAAUCUGUCCACAAAUAUAAACCUGUAAGUAAUAAAUUGUUAUUUUCCCACUAUGGGAAUCUCCAAUGUGAAAAUGUAUUCUAUGAAAAUAAAGUUUUUUAAAAAUAAAAUGCUAUAUAAUAAAAAUGUAUUCUUUUAUG